GCUAUGGUUCCAAACAGAUGUCACAUUCUCCACACGGGUUAGCGAGCUCUCGCAAAAUAGAGAAGACAGAAGCUAUGAGCCCCACAUCUUUGCCUGAUAUUCCGAUCUACGAGCCAACCUUCGAUGAAUUUCAUGAUUUCACCAAAUGUGUCUCAACGAUUGAAGAGCUUGGCGCGCACCAUGUCGGAUUGUGCAAAGUUAUUCCACCUUCUAACUGGGAAGCACGGUCUGGUGGCUAUAACGAUAUAGAGGAUUUUAUAGUCGAAAAACCAGUUCGUCAGAUCACUCAUGGCAGUAGGGGUAUUUUUCUACAAGACAUAGCACCAAUGAAAAGCAUGUCUUUUAAGUGUUUCAAAGAUAUGGCUUCUGCAGACCCCUAUCGUACACCGAAACACCGGAAUUGGGAGCAUCUGGAAAAAAAGUACUGGUCCUCCAUAGGAACCGGCCGUCCUAUCUAUGGCGCAAACGUCAACGGUAGCUUGAUGAGAGGGCAAGACAUCUGGAAUGUCGCUGAGCUGGAUUCAAUACUCAGCUAUGUGCUGAAAUCUGAGAAUGUCCGUAUUCCAGGUGUGAACACUCCAUACCUUUACUACGGCAUGUGGAGGGCCACUUUUCCCUGGCAUGUUGAAGAUGUCGAACUCUACUCGAUCAAUUACGUUCAUUUCGGUGCUCCGAAACAUUGGUACGUAAUCCCACCUGCUUUCGCUCGCAAAUUUGAAGCGUUCGUUUUUGAAUAUUUUAGAUCGGACUUCAUUACUUGUCCUUGUUUUCUCCGCCAUAAAUGCGUUUUAAUCAGUCCUUCCGUUCUGGCCAGCGCCGGGAUUCCCACCAGAAAGAUUGUCCAGCGCUGCGGAGAGUUCAUCAUCACCUUUCCAUACGCUUACCAUGCUGGAUUCAAUAUGGGCCUCAAUAUCGCAGAAUCGAUUAACUUCGCUCUUCCACGAUGGAUCGAAUAUGGCAAAAAGGCCAAGGUAUGUACUUGCUGGGACGAUACCGUGAGGAUCUCAAUGGACCCCUUCGUGCGCCUCUAUCAACCAGAUGUUUAUGAUGACUGGUUAAACGGACGUGAUAGGAGACCUCACCCUUUAGACGAAUACUUGACUUCCAGCGACCAACCAAAACACUCUGACAUCAUGGAUUUAAUCGAUUCGAAUGACGACAAAUGCUCUCGUGUAAAGGAGUUGUUGCCGACAACUUCAAGUCGCGGUAGUCGCGCUUGCCGUGUACCGAUUUCCACCAAAUUCACAAUUGGCGACCUGAAUCUUAUUGAUCUUCGACUUUCGCUUGUUGAUUUCCGAAAAUCGCGGAUUCCCUUCCACCUCCGUCAUCUUCCAUUUCUUUCGUCUUUGUGGCACGAAGAGCGAUCGAACUUCGGUCUGGAACGAUAUUUUAACAAUCUGAUUGGGAAGUAUCCACCACAUUGCGCCGUUUGCUCUCUUUUGUGGACUCCCCAAUUCCUCGGGAAAGUGCUUUCCUCCGAGACACCCACUAAUGUGAUCCCAUCGGAUGGUGUUCCGUACAUACCUGAGGUUGCCUAUAUCUCACAAAACAGCACUGAGGAUUUUUCCAUCCACCAUCCAUCUGAACGACGGUGCCCAAUUGUGCAGUGUUCUCGUUGUAAGUUGACGGUGCAUGCCAGUUGCUACGGUAUCCCAGUUUCGCACCUCGAGCAGCAGUCCGUCGAUCCAGCGAAAGGUCCCCGUUUAUCAGAACCUGCGAAUUCAUCCUUAUGUUUGACUCCUCGCAUCAUGCGCUGGUGUUGCGAUGCAUGUUGUUCUGCGACGAGACCCACUUGUAUCCUCUGUUACAUUCGUGGUGGAGCUUUAAAACGCCUUAACAACCCCGUGAAUCGCGUCACUGGACAUCCUUAUUGGGUCCACAUUGUGUGUGCCCUAGCUAAUUCCGGAUGCAGUUUCGUCGAUAUUCCCGGACGCGUGGCUGCGAUAUCCUCUGAUGUAGUCUCACGCGCUGCAAAAUUGGCAAAGCAGAACGAGUUGCCGGAAACGGAACUGACUGCUGCCUCAGACACCCCGAGUCUUGGCCUUGGCUGCCGCAACUCCUCAUCUGAUCUACCAAUCAAAGAACCGUCCGAUGAUAACUCGAAACCAUCCACUUCCAACAGACUACCUGAAGUUGCUGUGACAUUUGGUGAGAUGCGACAUAAACCCCGUGUACCUUCCGAGGCACUCUCCGAUGCCCUCAUUUCUCCGGAGCUCAAAGGAGAUAGCGAACUCUCCAACUCUCCAUUGACACAACACUCUCCCCAAUCGGAUACUGACGGCUCCACUCAACGGAAACGAAGGAAAAGCGUCUUGCCGAUUGAGUUAUGCUGUGUUUGUCAACUACCCAAUCGAGGCUACCUCCCACUUGCUCGAUGCUUGUUCGCUAGUUGCCACACUCGGUAUCAUGUGACCUGUGCCCAAAUGGCUGGCGUUACAAUCGGUUCGAAGCUAUACCCCUACAUGUUCUACCUGGCAUGCGACUCACACAAGAUGGAAUACACACCAAUCCAUGGUCAAUUCGACAGCGAUGUUGUCCGUGCUGGGGACAACAUAAUUGUCCGACUGGCCUCUAAUCCCCCGGAAUUGAUACCAGCUGUUGCCAAACGUCUCGUUACGCCUAGAUAUUGCCGUGUUGCCUUUCCUGACGGUACUUUUUCAAGGGAUACUCCUCCGGAAUACUUGGAUGUCGAUUGGCGCAAACACGGUCCACCAAAAAAGGGGUCCACCGUUAAAGUCCUUUGGGUUGACGACUUGGAAUACGUAGGUUCAUUCCAAGGUACCACCCCGGAGCUUUGGGAACAAGAACACGCCGCUGCGCUCAACUCUACGUGGUUCUAAGCAUCCCAUCGCCAAUGAUCUAUCAUCCAGUUAUCACAGGUUUUCACUCCACAACCAGACGUACCAAGCGGUCGUGGCCGUUAUUAUUGGUCGUUGUGCGAAUGUUUUCACACAGCGCUACGCUAUUGUGGUUCCGUUUUCGGUAGUUAAUCGUUGCUUACGUUAUUCGUUCUUUCACUGCGUUGCCCUUAUUAGUUUUUACAGUUUAUUUUUAUUCUGCCGGGGCUAUUCAUCUACCCUCAAGGUCACAUCUCGAUAUAUUCCUUUAGUUCUUUGCUUAUGUCGUUUUUCUCGUUCCUCCGUUUUAUCCCAUCAAAUAAUUUCAAUCCUUCGUUUCAUAUUUCUUAUCGCUGUAUACUUUUUUUUACCGUCGAUCCACUUCAGGUUCGAUUAAAUACCGGAAAAGUCAUUAAAGUUCCUCGCGAAGACUUCUAUCUCACGCCUUUGGAACCAUUGAAUUAUGCUCAACUCAUAGGGAAAAACGCCUCUUCCGACAGCUCAGUCGAUUGCACACCGAGAACUUCCGAGAACUCUAAACUGGCCACUCUGUUGCUGAACAAUUGAAUGGAUAACACAGAUGCUGCAUUUCCAGAUUUCAGCUUUCAUGUUCCCCUAUUUUUCUCUACCACUUAUCUUCCUUUCUGUCAAUGUAUACUUAUCACUUGGUCGCCAUUCUAUUUGGUUGUUUUUGUUCAUUAGCCCUUUAGCUGCUGGAUAGUUCAGUCAGUUUCUUCACGCCUUUUUGCCGCUUCAU